CACCAAGGUUAUUAAUUCAGUGGUAAUUAUUCAUACGAUAGUGUGAAAAUAGACUUUAAAGCAGCAAGCAUGCUAGCGAUAGCUAGCACAUUCGGCCGGUUAGUCUGCUAGGUAGAUAGCUAGCGUGGCCGCUGAUUCUGUGGUAUAGAUCUGUGGAUUGAUGUUGUCUCAGCUCACAUCCUUCUUCACUAGGAGUAAAAUCUGGUUUGAAACGUAAACAACGAAGAAACAUUUAGCUGCAUUUGCUAUUUAAACUUCGUUUAUUGUCUGUGCAAAGGCGAUGUUUAACGCGCAACGUUCCGCCCCUCGUAUUUUCCUAUUGGAUGGAAUGUAUAACAAGCCGGUAGAUUAAUUCUAUCCCUGUAUUGUGGAUGGCUGCUUAGCCUGUCAGUCACGGUUACACCACUUGUUGCUAUUGAGGAUGUUGGAUGCCGAUAGCGGAAGUGUGCGGGAUCAAUACUUCCUGGUUGUUUGGCAAGUGUUCGUGCUUUGUGGUGCUAGAAUGGUGAGAUAAAAUAGUGGUUAUAGGUCAGAAAAGUGUGUCAGUAACAUAUUCAAUUUAGACAUGAAAGCAUUUUCUGCAGGGAAGUGUUUAUUUUGAAAACUGCGAGAAGAUUACCCACCGUAGACCACGGGCAGAUUUUGGACGGGAUGGGACUCAGCAGAGAUGGGCUUGGAAGAGGUCAUUGGACAGAGGACUACCAACAAGCUUUGGAAUAUGACCACUCUUUUGAUUUUGUUUGAAAGAGUGCACUGAAAAUAACAAAGAAAUACUGUCAAGAGUAUACAAUACUGUCUCAUUGGCUCUCUAAAAGAAGUUCAAAUAGCCUAAGGGAAAUCCUUUGAUUUGUUUGCAUUCUUUUGUCGCUCAUGUUUGAAUGCUAUCUUUGAUUUUUCAUUUUGACUGAAGUGAAAGAGCAACCAUAGCAGGCCUGUGGGUGUGACUCUUGGGUUUUUUUUUGUUCGUUUUAUUUUUACUUUCAUUUUUUUGGUGCUUUGCUAAGAAAUGCUUUACCUGAAAAAGUACUUCACAGAGGGCCUGAUUCAGUUCACCAUCCUACUGAGUCUCAUUGGGGUGCGGGUGGACGUGGACUCCUACCUGAACAAUCAGCUGCCCCCACUGCGCGAGAUCAUCCUGGGCCCCACCUCGGCCUACACCCAGACGCAGUUCCACAACCUCCGCAACACACUGGACGGCUAUGGCAUCCAUCCCAAAAGUGUGGACCUGGACCACUUCUUCGCCACGCGCCGGCUGCUGAACCAGGUGCGCUCCCUGGAUCACCUGCAGGUGCCCAGCACCGAGGUCAGUGCCUGGCUGGUGCACCGUGAUCCGGAGACAGUGGUGUCGGCUGCAGGCCAGUCGAGCCCCAGCAUCACCCUGGACAAUGGUGGGGGCCUGGAGGAUGUGAACAGCCCCGAGGCCUCCACCAUGAGGGGGGGCAGCGGAACGUCUGAGUCCACCUACAGCCAAGGCGGAGAGAACAGCCUGGGAGCGGUGGCCCCGGAGGACAGCCAGGAGCAACCAGGCGAGCGGGACAACAACAACGAUGACCUUACCAAGGAGGACAUUGACCUGAUCGACAUCCUGUGGAGGCAGGACAUUGACCUUGGCGCAGGGCGGGAGGUGUUCAACUACAGCAGCCGGCAGAAGGAGAGCGAGGCAGAGAAGCGCAACGAGGACGAAAAGGACGGUGGCGAAGAGCGCCCGGAGAGCUGGAGGAACGGUCUCAACCUGGAGGAGGACCAGCCGCCGGCUCCCGUGGAUGGGGAGACUGGCGAGAGCAUACCUGAGCAGCUCCCCAGCCUGGGCACUCAGACCUCUCUGUCCCUCCAGGAGUGCCUCAGACUUCUGGAGGCCACCUUCCCGUUCGGAGAAGAGUCGGAGCUCCAAAAUCCAGUUGUCACCUCAGAGCUGAGGGACACUAGUGAAGAGGCUCCCUCUACCUCUCAGGGCCUGCCCUUACUUCCAGUUCGCCCCCAGCCUGAACCACAGCUGGACCUUGAGCAGCAGUGGCAGGACAUCAUGGCCAUUAUGGAGCUGCAGGACAUGGAGGUGAACAGCACGGCUGAGGGGUCCUUAGAUAGUAGCCACGCUACAGACAGCGGUGGCGGCACCGGCAGCAGCAGUAGCAGUGGAGGCACACCUGAGUCGAGCACCAUGGGUGAGUUUGGCCUCUCGCGCUCCACCCUCAUCAACCAGGACGUCAGCCUACACCAGGCAUCCCUUCCCAGUUGCAGCCAGGACUUCCCAACGCUCUUCAACCCGGACUUGGAUCCCAACGGGACCCUCCGGCCCGCGCUGCUCCGGCUGUCCUCCAGCAAUUCCUCCAACAUCAACUCCACGUAUGGGGCCACCAACCUGACGGGACUCUUCGCCCCACCUCCACUCAACAGCACCACCAAUCUCACGUCCACCCACACGCUGACUGACCCCUUUAGCAGUCUCUUGGAGGAGUCCAUGCUGGAUGAGAUCAGCCUGCUGGACCUGGCCAUGGAGGAAGGCUUUAGCCAAGCCCAGGCAUCCCAGCUGGAGGACGAACUGGACUCCGACUCUGGCCUCUCCCUGGACUCCAGCCACAGCCCGGCGUCGCCGAGCAACUCUGAAACCUCUUGCUCCUCCGCCGCCUCCUCAUCCUCCACUUCCGCCACCUUCUCAGAGGAGGGAGCGGUGGGCUACAGCACCGACUCGGAGGCGGCCAGCCCUGAGAUGGAGGAAGGCGCUGUCGGAGGCUACCAACCUGAGUACAGCAAGCUAUGCCGGAUGAGCUACCAGGAUCCGUCUCAGUUUGGCAGCCUCCCUGAGCUGGACAACGUCAACCACAACCACACCUACAACCUCCCGCUGGCGUCCUCCUACCCCGACCACUCCCAGCUGCCCGGCUCCUGUGGCAAGAAAACGGGCCGCGACAAGUCGCUCCCCCACCAGUCCAAGCUCCAGCCACCUCGCGAGUUCCUCGACAAGCACGCGAGUCGCGACGAGCGCCGCGCCCGCUCCAUGAAGAUCCCCUUCUCCAAUGAGAAGAUCAUCAACCUGCCCGUGGAGGAGUUCAACGAGCUGCUGGCCAAGCACCACCUGAGCGAGCCCCAGCUGGCGCUGAUCCGCGACAUCCGCCGGCGCGGCAAGAACAAGAUGGCCGCCCAGAACUGCCGCAAGCGCAAGCUGGAUACCAUCCUGAACUUGGAACACGGUGUGCAUGACCUGCGCCGCGACAAGGCCCGGCUGCUCAAGGAGAAGAUGGAGUUCCUGCGUUCCAUCCGCCAGAUGAAGCAGAAGGUACAAAGCCUGUACCAGGAGGUGUUCUCCCAGCUGAGGGACGAACAUGGGCGUCCGUACUCAGCCAGCGACUACGCCCUGCAGUACGGGCCCGAUGGCAGUGUGCUAGUCAUGCCGCGCAGCCUGGCCGCUGAGCAGAGCCGCAAGCCCGACAAGAAACAGAAGGACAAGAAGAAGUGAAGAGAUGGAAAGUCGCUGCCUUUUUUUCCUUUUUUUGCGAAAACGUCAAAAAAAAAUUACACAAAAAAAAAUCAAGAUUUUUAACAAGGCAAAAGAAAAGUGUCUUUCUUUUUUUGUUGUUCUUUGAGAAGAUCCUAGAGAGAGGAGAAAAAAAUUAGUGAUGUUCGUUACUCUUCCUGCAUUAGUUUUCCUUUACUUGUUUUGUUUUUCUUCUGAAAAACAACGUUGAGGCAGAAGUGCGUUGAGUACUGGUUCUCAUGUUUUUUUUUUAUUCUUCUUUUGCUUUUUGAUGGGGAAAAAAAGAGAUGGCAAAGAAAAGCAUGGUGACUGAGUACUAGCUGAAUCUUCUUGGUAAACAACCCUGUGUAGGCUAAGUCUUUUGGCUCAUCAGGAUACACCAGAGAUAAACAUGGAAGGUCAUCUUUGUUAUAUGGAGAAGGGAAGAGAUUGACCUCAUGUAAGUCUAUUCCAGAAGAACUUUUAGCCAACAACAACAACAACAAACAACCUCUGUUGUGUGCAGGGACGUUGUUAGACAGCAUUGUUAGAACCUUCUGCCAAGGUAUAGAGGGGGGUUCUGCCCUGUGGCUUCCUCUGGUUGAUGAACGGUUGCAGUUGAGGUGAUUUUUUUGAGGAUGACGGCCUCUCAUGUAGGGUCAUUUUGAUGGGUGGCAGACUUAUAAGUUGGAAAUUGAAGAGGUGGGGAGGGGGGGAGGCAGCCAAGCCUGAAAACAGGGACACUCAUAUUAUACCUGUCUUGCCAGUUCUACCCCAAGGUUGUACUGCUUGUGGUGUACCUUCCACUGUCUUACUGGACACUCAAUGCACCUCCUUCAGAUGAGUGUGCACUUCAAACUGACAGUUUAUUUUCCCCACUGGACAAUAUCUCAACAGGGUGUGUGUGUGUGUGUGUGUGUGUGUACCUCUCCCUUGUCGAGAUUCAGCAGCAUUUAACCAGGAACUGAGACCGAGGAACCACAAGGGCAAGGAUGGAAAAAGGACAGUUUGUUGGGAGAAGGGCCUUGUAGAGCCAAGUAUUUUCUUUUUGAAGGUUGAUGUCAAAGACGGACUGAUACAAACAAGAUUAAUCAGCUUGUGUACUCUACACCCCAGCACUGCGGAGCCAACCUCAUAUCGCUUGGCACCAAGAUGCUUAUCUCCUGGAGAGCCUUCUGCCACCAAGAACAAGUUCUCCGGGCAAGCUUCCAUGGUCACAUUGCAUCCGCUCAUGGACUUUUCCCUGAACGAGCAAGUCCGGCAGGCUGGUUUGGCUUCGAAUUGGCAUUCCCAGAAAGAACAGCUCCGUUGAGGUGCAUCUCAUCCAUCUCUCCCUCACACGUCAGCUGAGGUUGCCGUUCACAUAGAAGGUCAUCGGCACGAUAAGGAGUCCUUCAGCGCAACACAAAGACACAGCCCUCUACUUGGGAUGGUCCCCCAGGGACUCACUGUACAGGCUUAGCAUCAGCUCUGUUCUGGCUGAUUUGGAAUCCGCUGCGUCUUCAACAGUAAUGUUUUUUCGUUUUCAGCACUCAUCCACAGUGUAGAGGAUGGCGCACUCCAUUGUCACGGUGCCCAAAGGCAGCAUGGACACAAACACACAUAUACACACAUAUACACACACACAUACUCGUACAUACACACUGGGACAAUUUUAGCUGUCUUUGGAGCAGUCACGUCUGGUUACAGAAGGUCGAGUUAUUCUGCAGAUUGAAGUACUGAGGAUGGACUUAGAAUGGUGAAAGUUUGACUCUUUCUUCAUUCGAAUACGUAGCUCUCGACAGAUUUUAGUUUACAUGCAGUCAUCAAUUUUCUGUUGCUUGAGGCUUUUCAGUUUCAAUCGGUAUCAAGCGAGCGUGUGAAAUGAACUCCGGUGUCUCCUAUUGCCUUUGUUUUACAAGCACACUUGUAUUUAGGGAGCAUUCUUAUCUCUCACCAAAACACUACAAUCUUUGGUUUCUGUGCUUGUUGGUGGGGGGUCAAAUACGCAAGCUUGAAGAAGGUUCGCAUGUACCCCUAACCGUUCGGGUGAUGCUUGUUAUUGCAGCAAUUUGAUUUCUCCCCCAAGGCUGGUAGAAUUCUUUUCAUUAUUCACGCCCUAGAUUGGGUUCUGAGGAACUAAGAUGUAUACAAUAGCACUGAUAUGAAUGUCUAAUCUGCUAUAACUGUUGGUUCUCACUUUUACCUUAUUAGUCUCUGUAGCCCUUGCACUCUCACUACCCACAAAGGAGCCAUGCAGAAUACCUUAUUGUGUGUCUGAUGCCAUUUAAAAAUAAAUAUGCAAGAUUUAAUGUUAAAAAAAACAUUCUUUUUUUUAAAUCUCAAAAUGAAUGAAAGAAAAAAAAGAUAAGGUUGACUCAAAAUACCGGUGUAGAUCAAUUGGAGCUUUUGGGGGGGGGGACUGAGGGGUGGGAGGGAGAGACAUGAAGCCUUUAGGAUGUGUAAAAGUGGGUUUGAUGAUGUGAAGCCUUGUUUUGGAAAAAGAAAAUGGGGGGAAAAAAUUAGGCGCCACUUGUACUUGCAUAGCUACAUACUCCAAAGCCCUGUUUUUUAUGUUGUUUGUUCGCCCUGAGAACUUAUGUUUGUCAUGUUGUACUGUAAAUAUUUUUAUGUUUUCCCUACAUGUUUGCCGUAUAAGAGCUUGUCUCUGAACCUGUGUGCGUGUGUGCGUGUGUGCGUGUGUGCGUGUGUGUGUGUGUGUGUGUGUGUGUGUGAGUGUGUAUCAGAAAGCCCUUUUACCUUUGCUUUGGAUUUAGUUGUACAGUUUACUUUUAUUUGGUUUUCUUUUGAUGACUUUGCUGGCAAUCUGGGAUUGUUCUUUUAUUGAUUAAUAAAAUGUUUUUAUUUUCAACCAUGAAUUAAAUGGUUUGCUCUUAA